GUGCCUUGCCUAGUUUCACUUGAUACUCUUCAGGGAUUAUGUAGAAAAGAAAAGCUCACAUGUAAAUCGAUUGGAAUCACCAAAAGGAAUCUAAACAAUUAUGAGGUGGAAUACUUGUGUGACUACAAGGUAGUAAAGGACAUGGAAUAUUAUCUUGUAAAAUGGAAAGGAUGGUCAAAUUCUACAAAUACUUGGGAACCUUUGCAAAAUCUCAAGUGCCCAUUACUACUACAGCAGUUCUCUAAUGAGAAGCAUAAUUUUUUAUCUCAGGUAAAGAAAGGCAAAGCAAUAACUCUUAAAGACAAUAAUAAAGCUUUGAAACCUGCCAUUGCUGAAUACAUUGUAAAGAAGGCUAAACAAAGAAUAGCUCUGCAAAGAUGGCAAGAUGAACUCAACAGAAGAAAAAAUCAUAAAGGAAUGCUAUUUGUUGAAAAUACUGUUGAUUUAGAGGGCCCACCUUCUGACUUUUACUACAUUAAUGAAUACAAACCAGCUCCUGGAAUCAGCUUAGUAAAUGAGGUUACCUUUGGUUGCUCAUGCACAGAUUGUUUCCUUGAGAAAUGUUGUCCUGCUGAAGCUGGAGUUCUUUUGGCUUAUAAUAAAAACCAACAAAUUAAAAUCCCACCUGGUACCCCCAUCUAUGAAUGCAACUCAAGGUGUCAGUGUGGACCUGAUUGCCCAAAUAGGGUCGUACAAAAAGGCACACAAUAUUCCCUGUGCAUCUUUCGAACUAGCAAUGGCUGUGGCUGGGGUGUAAAGACACUUGUGAAGAUUAAAAGAAUGAGUUUUGUCAUGGAGUAUGUUGGAGAGCUCUAUAAGGCAGAUAUUGCUAUUCACGUUUUAGAGAGGGAAGAGUAA